GUCGAUUUCUGAAAUUUGGCCAAGGCCGUGCAAGCGAUAUAGUGCGCGCUGGCAGCUAGCUAGCUACGUGUACACAAAGCUUAUCAUGCGUUCUCGAAUACCAAACAGGAUCCUCCUGAUCAUAGUAAAAACCCACAGAGUUCAGUCCGAUACUAUUAUUAGCAACGUGAUACAUAUUCCAAACCUCAUAAAUAUUACUAAUCAGUCUUUUGUUUGUGGGAAUCAACGGGAAGAAAAGACAAUUACAUUUGAUUGUCUUCUGUUGAUCAAUAUUUGAGGAACAAGAUGAAGAUCAACGUGAAAGUUCGGGGAGAAUGGAUCCUUAUUCCUUGUAAGGACAACAACACGAUAUCAUGGUUGGGCAAGGAAACCCUUUCGCGAUACCGUUCUAUGAAACAAUACGAUGAAGAAGAUGAUGUCUCCGAAGUCAGAAAAACUCAAGGAGGAAGUUUGCUCUUUCCAGAUGACCUACUUGUUGAUAUUCUAGAUGAAAAUGAUUUCGUCCAUGUCGUGUUGAAGUCAGAUCUGGCCAACAAGACAUGCCUAACUUCAUUCGACGGGAAUGGUUUGAACGGAGGAUUUUCACCAGACUCUUCACAAAUAUCAAGUACUGGUGGGGCAGAUUCUCGUGAGAUUCUCUAUCUGGACGGAGGUAGUUUGACCUCUGAUGACCUUGUUAAACUUGGGAAAGGUCAAUAUCAGAUCAAGGUAUCACCAGUUGCAUGGGAGAAAGUAGCUAAAGCUCAAAAGCUUGUGGACAACAUCCUUAAAGAAAACAAAGUUGUUUAUGGCAUCAAUACAGGCUUUGGGAAAUUUGCUCGAGUUGUGAUUGGACCUGAUAAACUGAAAGAACUCCAAGAGAAUUUAAUUCGUUCACAUUGUGUAGGUGUUGGUAGACCCCUAUCACCAGAACACACCCGUAAGUUGCUAGCCUUGCGGAUUAACAUCCUAUCCAAGGGAUUCAGUGGCAUCUCAGUUCAAAACCUGGAGAAACUCAUUGCUGCAUUUAAUGCUUCCUGUCUGUCUGUGGUGCCAUGCAAGGGAACAGUAGGAGCUAGCGGUGAUCUAGCUCCAUUAUCACACCUUGCGCUAGGCAUGAUGGGAGAAGGAAAGAUGUGGAGUCCAAAGAGUGGAUAUGCUGAUGCCAAAGAUGUUCUGAAAGCACAUGGUUUGACUCCAAUAGAACUUGGACCUAAAGAGGGCUUAGCUCUGAUAAAUGGCACUCAACUUAUUACUUCACUUGGAGCAGAAGCUGUUGAACGGGCAUAUGCCAUUGCUCAACAAGCUGAUGUGAUAGCUGCCUUAACCCUUGAGGUCUUGAAAGGAACAACCACUGCCUUUGAUAGUUGUAUUCAUCGUGCCAGACCUCACAAGGGACAGAGAUUGGUUGCUAAACGAUUCCAAUCUAUACUUCAUUCUGAUGUUCAUCCAUCAGAGAUAGCUAUCAGCCAUCGGUUCUGUGAUCGGGUCCAGGAUGCAUACACCCUCAGAUGCUGCCCUCAGGUUCAUGGAGUGGUGUGGGAUACAAUUGAAUUUGUCAAAGGCAUCUUGACUACUGAGAUGAAUAGUGCUACUGAUAAUCCUAUGGUUUUUGCAGACCAACAUGAAAUCUUGUCUGCAGGUAACUUCCAUGGAGAGUAUCCAGCCAAGGUACUGGACUAUCUUGCUAUUGGGAUCCAUGAACUGGCAAGCAUUAGUGAACGUCGUAUUGAGAGACUUGUCAACCCUCAUCUGAGUGAGCUUCCUGCUUUCUUGACCAAAGAAGCAGGUCUUAAUUCAGGUUUCAUGAUCGCACACUGCACUGCAGCAGCAUUGGUAUCAGAGAACAAGGUAUUGACUCACCCAAGCUCAGUUGAUUCUCUAUCUACCAGUGCUGCUCAGGAGGAUCAUGUCUCUAUGGGAGGUUUUGCUGCGAGAAAGUGUCUUGAAGUUGUUGAGCAUGUUGAACAAGUACUUGCAAUUGAGCUGAUGUGUGCCUGUCAGGGUAUAGAAUUCCUGCGACCACUGACCAGCACUGCACCUCUGGAGGCUGUUCACAAGCUGGUUAGGAGCGUUGUCCCACCUCUCGAGCGUGACCGUCAUCUUUCACCCGACAUGGAAGUCAUUACCAACCUACUCCGAGAAAAUAAGGUUUGGGAGGUGGUGAAACCAUACAUGGAUACUUACGAGUCUGAACAGCUUAAAGAGACCAAGGUCCAUUCCCCAACAUCUAGCAUUCUUGGGAAAACUACUCGUUCUAACAAACGUAAGCGAACCAAGAGUUUCAGCAAAGCAGAAAAGGCCUGAAAGACGGAGACAGAUAUCAUGCCAUGUCUAAAACCAUGUUUCAUCAGAUAUUUGACAUGGCAUUGAUAGUAAAGACACAUUCCUGUACUUCAAUAAUUUGCUGUUUUUUAAAUGUAUCAUCUUUGUAAGAAAUAAACUCCCUGUCCAUAACUUCUCUUCCGUGUGGUUUUUGUCCAUCAUUAAAAUGCAUGUAACAAGAUUGGUUUACCUUAAUGUCUUCCAAUUCAUGUUAUGGAUAAAAGCAUGCUGCCAAAGAAGUAUAUUGUGAUUUUUCUCUUCCAAAAAUGUAUUGUAAAUUUGCAAUAAUAAAUGUUUAUAAAAGAACAAGGCUGAAGAAUUGGCUGAAAACAAGUUCAGGUGUAAAUAGAAGGCUGAAAAAUAAUGUAUGAUGGCUGAAAACAAGUACAGGUGUAAAUAGAAGGCUAAAAAUAUAAUGUAUGAUGCCUGAAAACAAGUUCAGGUGUAAAUAGAAGGCUGAAAACAAAUGCGGGUGUACAGAGAAAGCUUGAAAAAUAAUGUAAGAUGGCUGAAAACAAGUACAGGUGUACAUAGAAGGCUGAAAAAAAUGUACGAAAACCAUGUGUAGCAAAGAAUGUUUGAAAUUUUUUGAGGAAAUAUUUUCAUUUUGUUCGACAUUUCGUCUAGAAAUAUAUCUGAAUAUUUAAAUUCUUAGGCUUAGGAUCGAGGAAUAAGCUGAAGUUGAGUAUGUGUGCAGAAAAGCUUGAAAUUAAUUUAGGAAACCUAUUAGAUUAUGUAGUACAAGAUUUUCAUGAUUUAUUUUGCUUAAAUUGGCUGAUUGAUUGCUUGACAAUUGCAUUUUUUAGAGGUUAAUUUUAUAUAUUGAUAAAGGAUAUGAAAAAUCAAACUAAGAACAAAAACAAUGCAGAGCUAUUAGUGAUAAAAACAUGUUUAUUUCUCCUUUACUGUGAAAUCCUAGACCUGCCACUGAUGUAUCAUUACUAUAUACUGUAUUCAUGUGAAUAAAAAUUGCAAAACACAGCAAGUUGAAAUAUGGAUUGAUGCUUAUAAAAUUCCAUUAUCAUCAUUAAGUUAUGUAAUUAUAAAAUGCAUUAUUUGUCUCAUAUGUCUAUUGAUUGUUUGAAAAUUGUUAUAACACUCCUAAUUUUAGCAGUGCAGUGAUUGGUUAAAAUGAGUCAUCUCCAUUGAAAAUGUCUCUAAAUAUGGGGGGGGAUGUAAACAAAUCAAUGGCUUGUGGAGAAAAUUAUCUGAAACGAAAGUGAGUUUUGAAGGACAAUUUCUAGGAUUUCCAUUGAUCAUUUAAGGAUGGUUUAAGGGAGAUUUAGUGUUAGGAAGAAGUGGGGCCUAUAGCAGUUGAAAUAUUACUACCUUUAUAUCAUGUACUUGUUAAUGUAUAAUCAUAUUAACAGUUGGCUUUCAGAUAGAUUCUCUUCACUGAAAUUUUGAAAGUAUAAUUGAAAUAAAAUUACUGUCCAAAUUAGAUUAUUUGAACUACCAUUUUCGUUAAUGUUUUGAAUGUGCUUUAGUGUGUUCCUGUUUUUAAGAGGUUAAUUUGUUAUUCGAUAUAACAUUUUUUUUUUUUUUUUUUCUAGCUUUAAUAUAUUUUUUAUUGAAUUCAUCCAACCUCAAAAGUGAAUGGGCGAGUUUCAUGAAGAUGACCAAGUCAAUGUAGGGCUAAAACAAACUUCAUAUCUAGGGUCUGUUUAUUUGUAAAUAUUCUUUUGAAACGUGAACUGGCGGUCAUUUUAAAGCUUGAUUAUUUCCUUGAAUGUGCGUACAUAUGCACAUUCCAAAAUCACAUUUUUAUGAAAAUGAAAUGAAAAUGAAAAUCUAUAAUUUAUUGUUCGAAAUAGACAUGAAAUUAAAUACUCCGAAAAUUUGCUUUGCCCAAUUGAUUGUGGGCCCGGCAGCCGCUGUUAUCAAUUGAAGAUUUUAAUCAACUUGUAUUCGUUCAUUCAAGUUUAAGUGCUUUCCUGUUUAUUUUCCUUGAACGAUUUUUCAGCAUUCAGUAUGUUACAAAUUAUGAAUUGUAUUCAAGAAAUCUGUAUUCAAAGUUGUGUGUCAACAAAGAUCAUUUGAUGUGAAUUAUAUUCUUUCAAUUUCAAAAUA